AUGGAAAAUAAAAAAGAUGAUGGAAAAGAUAAAACAUAUCAUUUCUUAAACAAAGGUCAUUUUAAAUUCCGUUGGAUUCUACUUGGAUUUUGCAUUUGGAUAGUAGCAGGGGCUUUCUUUUGUUUUGAUGUGCCUGCAGCUUUACACAAUACAUUAAAAUAACAUUUUAGUGAUAUAUUGACGGAUGGAGAAUUCGAAAUAUAUUUUAGUGGAUUGUAUAGUAUUUAUUCUUUUGCAAACAUAUUUUUGCCUUUUAUCACAGGAAGACUUAGAGAUGCAAUGGGAGAUCGAAUGAUAUUAUUAUAGACAGUAUCAUUUGUUUUUAUUGGAUAAGGACUAUUUGCAUAUGGAGUUAUGAUUAAAAGCUUUAUAGUUAUGUAUUUAGCAAGGAUAAUAUUGGGCUGGGGAAUUGAAUCCGUUUAACCAAUACAAACAUCAUUUGUAUCACCUUAUUUCAAAGAUGAUUAUCUAGGAUUAACUAUAGGAAUGAACACCUUGUUUGCUGGCUUUGGUUCAGUUGCAACAAUGUACUUUUGUCCUUUGCUUGCUCUUUAAUACGGAUUAUUAGUUGCAACUUCCAUUGGAUGCUUAUUUAACUUAUUUUGUAUUGUUUGUGCAAUUGUAUCAACAAGUAUUGAUAAAUGUGCCGAGACUUAGAUGCUAAAAAACAUUGAUUAUGAGAAAGUCAAAUACAUGCAAUUAGCUUAAGAAGAAGAACAACCAUAAAUUAAUGAAUAAAAUAUUUAGUAAUCAGAAGUAAGUACUUAUGAACAAAUGAAAACAUAUCCAAAAUUAUUUUGGUUAGUCGCCAUCUAUUUUGGAUUGAAUUAUUCAUCUGUUCUAGGAUUCAUCAAUAUUUCAGUGGGUUUUUUGACUGAAAGAUGGUUAGGAGAAGAUGAAGAAUCUGAGCUUAAAGCAGGAGAGAUGGUAGCCAUUAUGUGGUUGAUAACUGGAUUUUUCACUCCUAUUUUUGGAUUCAUAGCUGAUAAAUAUGGUGGAAGAGCAUCUCACUGUAUUAUUGCAGGAAUUCUUUGUUUUGUUUCUCAUAUCACAUUGUGGUAUAUAUAUCCAUUUCUUUCUUUAAUUGCGUUAGGAACUGCUAAUGCAAUUGCUUAUGCAUCCCCAUGGACAGGAGUUGUUUAUUUGGUAAGGCCUGAUUACUUAGGUAAAGCUUAUGCAGUUGUAGUUGGAAUUUAUAAUGGAUUAUUUAGUAUAUUUCCUAUCGUUGUGGGUGUGUUGAGAGCUUAUUAUGGAAGUUAUUACUAUUCUCAAUUAUUCUUAUCGUUUUUGGGGUUUUGUUCUUUGAUUGCAGCCAUCUUGAUUAAAAUAGAAGAUGUCAAACAAGAAAAUUUAAUAGAUGGUAACAAAAUCAUAAGUGCAACAUCAAUUGAAGAUAAUUGUAAAUAAAACGCUGACGGUGAUUAAAUUUGA